CGCAACGAGGAAGAGGACAAAGCCACAAUACAUCAAUUUUGUGACUAAUAAACACGUAUUCCUCAUUAGCUAAAUCUUCUCGUAAACCCCGCACGCCUCCGUGGAAACUUUAAAGGUUUGAGAAUUAACACAUUACAAUGUUCGAGAACGUGUGGUAUCGCUUAUGUGACGUUUUUGUGUAUGUUUUGUGUUGUUGUUGUCGAGCUACGCUAAGGCGGAGCUAACAGCUCCCUUACAGCUACGUGUUGUGAAAAGACGCAGGUGAAAAGAUGAAUCAAGAAAAAUUGGUCAAACUUCAGGCCCAAGUGCGGAUCGGAGGAAAGGGUUCAGCACGCAGAAAGAAGAAGGUUCUACACAGAACCGCCACAGCGGACGACAAAAAGCUCCAGAGUUCCUUAAAGAAGUUGGCCGUCAACAACAUUGCAGGGAUUGAGGAGGUCAACAUGAUCAAGGACGACGGGACGGUGAUCCACUUCAACAACCCCAAGGUGCAGGCCUCCCUAUCGGCCAACACGUUUGCCGUCACGGGCCACGCCGAGACCAAGCAGCUGACCGAGAUGCUGCCUGGCAUCCUCAGCCAGCUGGGAGCAGACAGCCUGAGCAGCCUGCGCAAGCUGGCCGAGCAGUUCCCGCGCCAAGCACUUGACAGAAAAGCUCCAAAAGUAGAAGACAUUGAGGAAGAGGAUGAUGAUGUUCCAGAUUUGGUGGAGAACUUUGACGAAGCAUCCAAGAAUGAAGCCACCUGACGACUGCGAUGAAACCAGAAACACUCUGCGAUGCUUUCACUUCUAGUAUUCAGACAUAUCAGAAUGGACACACACAAACACGCACACACACAACAGAGACUUUUCUUUCCACAGAUGUCCAAGCUGGCUAACUGGCUUUUAAAACGAAAUAUGAGCUUCAGUUGUUGCCACAUUUCUAGUUGUUUUUAAAUGUCUUAAUUGUUUUGUUUGUUUUGUGAAGUAAAAUAAAGGGGAUUAACAUUUUUA